UAUUGAAUAAUUGCCGGAACCUAUACUUAUGUUAUUUGUUCAUGAGAAAUGUGCGGUCUCUACGCAAUCGAAGUGAGGACGCAUCUUACAAGCAAAGGCUAUCGACCUUCCUACGGUUACUUGAAGUAACUGUUCUGUUGAUGGAAAUAACUUAGCAGCUCUCAGAACUGCGCAGGUACAGCAACGGAGACAUUUACGCGCGGGUUCCUUGGCUUAUAGUACUUAUUAUAAUUUAAAAUAUUUUAGAAUGAAGUGUGAAUUAAUUUUUGUAAUAGUCUCAGCAGUGAUGAGAUGCGUCAUAUGUACGCAUUACGAUCAAAGUCAAUCGGGUGAUUUUAAUGUUCAAGUUGGACUAAAAGACUUACAAAUCAUAGCACUUUUGAACGGCGGCAAAGAAGAAUAUGUGGAUUAUGACUAUGCGUAUGAUUACAAUGAAAUGACAAUCAAACCGCAGAACCGGACGACCCCGAGGCCAUUAAACGCUUCAACCAGUACUGAGCCUGACUCUGUGAGGAAUAAUAAAACUACAGUACCGGCAUUGCAUGAUCAAACAGAACCACCAACCAGAGCUCCUAUCACAGGAUUGUAUGAACCAUCGACAGACGUGACCGUUAUCGACAAUAAUACAACUACAAAAAACGCCAUUGAGGCUUCAUCAGAAACAUCUUUAAAUACAAUCGCUUCUCCAAACUCAACGUCGAAUGGUAAAAAAUGCAAAAAAGGUUUCGUUUUAAAUUAUAAAGGCGACUGUGAAUUAAAGUUGCAGAGCACGGGCAACGCCUUGUUAAAAUUAGUAAAAUUAUCACAAAAACUUAAAUUAAGAAGAGAAAAUAAAGAGGACUAAAUUUUAUUAAAGGAAUUUGGAGGGCUAUUCAGAUUGGAAGAAGUGCUUGAUAAUACAGGUUUAUUUGUAUAACUUUAAGUACUUGCUAAAUUUUAAUUGCAACAACAUGUAUUAAAUAAUAAAUGAUUUA